GUUCCUCACUUGUUUCCUCCUCCUCCAUCGUCUCCUUCUGCAGUUCCACCAGGUCCUCAGUGGUUAGCUCACGGUUGUGUCCCUCCUCCCCAAGCUCGCAGACAUCCUCCUCAGUCACCUCCAGCCCCAUUGGUCCUCCCCAAGGAAACAAUCUCCUCUAACACUGUUGACUCUGGUGCAGGUGCAGAAGCAUCAGAAUCCGUGUCACAACACAAUCUGGCCACAGGUUGCUCCAAGCAGAAUUUAGGAUUCUAUGGCUGACCCCGGCCCAGGCAAUGGUGCUAAUCUGCAGACAGCUCACGAAGUUAAAAUUAUCUCUCCAAAAUUCAUGGAGUGUGAGGCUUGAUCGAUCUGUCAUCUCAAA